AUGUCCCUCGUCAUUGAGCCAACAUUGCCUUACCCGACCGCCGCCCUGCAACUCGAAGAUUCCAACAGAUGGGCCCGAUUAUUUCCUUUGAUCCGACCAUCAGUCAAAGCUGUCGAGCUAGCGAGUGGCCAGACGGUCAUUAUAGAUACUGCGCUUGCUCACAGCAAGAACGUGUUGAUUGCAGCAAUUGGGAGUGCGGGCAAUCUCUCAAGCAGGAUACUGAGCGACUCGCAUCUGUCGGCUUUCACAACGCAACAGGGUGAGAAGCCGGGUGCAUCAGCAGAAGAAAUUGCAAGCUUGCUCAACGAGAAUGGCUUCCCUAUCGAGAACGGGCUGGUGCUUGUGAGAACGGGUUCGCAGCAAACUCUGAGAGUGGUUUCUGAGAGGGCUGUGGAGGCAACAGUAGUUGGAGAGCUGAGAUUGGAUCACAUUUUGUCCUUGCUGUUGUCCUCAAAUGGCGAAACAAAGGCAUCAUUUGAGAAAACCAGCACCAUUCUCGAAUAUUUUAUGAAAGCCGCUGCCGCAACGACAUCAACGUUCCACAAAGAUAAAACCGGAAACAGACCUUCGGUUAUUCAUGGUGUCGAUACUGCUGGAUUUGAGUCGGUGAAUACGGCGAUUGAGAAAGACCUUGGCCUUCUUUUGACCCCGGAGACAUCAUUGGGGACAAACUUUGUAUAUUCCGUUCAUUAUUCGGAUAUCAAUGGCCUUUCAAAUCUCGAGAGCAAUAUUCUGGCUCACGAGAUCUCAAUAUAUUUCUCCCAGAAGAACCUACCUUCCUACAUCACCCAGUCGACGAUUCUCAACAACCAGUCUCAAGCCCGGGGAUGGGCUAUCUCUCUCUGCGCAGUACCCGCAACCUUCCUAACUGCUCAGCCACGACCGUCAAACUUGCUUUCAAAAGCUACUACAGCUGCACCAUCAACCAAACCAAAAGCUGGCGCAUUCAAUAUCCAAGUUCCCGAUGCUCAAGCACGGAAGGUCAUCACAGCCGGAUGCGAGAGGCUAAUCAAAGAUGAGCCCACCAUAACUCAGUACGAUGAAAUAGUAGGCGAUGGCGACUGCGGGUACACCUUGAGAGAUGGAGCGAAGCAGGUCUUAAGCUUCGUCGGCAAGGCGGACCUCUCCAACUUGCCUUCCACUCUCAGCGACCUUGUCGACGAUCUCGAGGUAACCAUGGGCGGCACAUCCGGAGCCCUGUACUGCAUCUUCAUUUCCUCGCUGGCUCAAAACCUGUACGAUGCGCCUAGCUUCCCCGAUGCAUUGCAAGGGGCCCUGAGUCACCUGUUGAAAUACACCCGGGCGAGACUUGGAGAUCGGACGUGUCUCGACUGUCUGAUCCCGUUUGUGGAGACGUUGAAGGAGACGGGGGAUGCAAAGAAGGCGUUACUGGAGGCGGAAAAGGGAGUGGAGAGUACGAAGAAACUGGAGGCUAAAUUGGGAAGAUCGAGUUACUUGGAUGAAGCUGCUACGAGAGGUGUGCCGGAUCCGGGGGCGUACGGGUUGUUGAAAUUGUUGGAGGGGAUGGUAGGUGCGUCGUAA